CCAACAACGUUCGACUCUUCCGUUAAAUUCAAGCAUGGAAUGGAUUGCAGUGAGCUAACUGACACAGGAAGUGGUGUAACCUCAUCCGUAGAACAAAUCAAAAUGGCGGGUUUAUGUGACACACUGUUGUAAGGGUGUACGUGUGAAAAUGGACAAUAAUACAGAUAAGAAGGGGUCGAGACUCUCUGUGGCUGAGCUGGCUGGAAAGUUUGCAUGUCAGGCUCCCCUUCCUACAGCAGAUGAAGUGAACAAGCCUGUACGCAGGAGACCUCCACGCACACUGCCAAUUCCUGCCAGUAAUGAUGUGGGUCAGGGACAGGACGAGAAAGCAGAAGUUGGUUCCCACCCACCGAGGAAGAAUCGAAACUCUGCCCUGAUUGAGAAACUACAGGCAUCUCUUCCACCGACGGCCUUCCUGCCUUCCCCAUUGAGUCCAGGAGCUGGGAAACCGCAGAUGCCAUUUUUCCCACCUCUCUCACCCUGUAGCCCAGUCAGCCCAACUUCAGCAUCCAAACCGAGCCUUACAGAGACCCCAGCCAGCUUUGAGACCCCUGCGGAAGGCUCUGUCCUUCUAAGCAUCAACAAGGGUCGUGCUCGUCAUUCUAUCAAACGCCGUCCACCGUCUCGCCGACUCAGGAAGUCCAGUGGAGAAGAAGGUGAGACUGAAGAGGAAAGGGCUACCCUGACUGUCUCUGGCCUGACGACUCCAGACGGAAAGGAAAACGAUGUGUUUGAGAAGCAGAAGGUGGAGAAAGAGGAGAUCGACCAUACCAACGCAGAGUCUGCUACGUCAAAGCAACAGCAAGAUCAAGAGCGACAUGAAGAAUCGGCGGAUUCAGAGCAGCAGCCCUUAGCUUCAGUGGGAGGAGAAGAAGAGAGCAGGGAGUGUGUUGUGUCGGGUGAGAAGGAGGAGACAGUAGAAGAGGAGAAGAAGUCAGAGCAACCUGAGUUAGACAGCAGGAAAGAAGAGUCAACAAAACAAGAGCAUGAUGAUGAGACAACCAUGGAGACACAGAGAGACCUGGCAGCUGCAACAGAAGACAAAACAGAACAGGAAGUGAAAAAAGAGGAAGAAGAAGGAGGAAUGUAAAUGCUCUAAGAAAUGAAAAUAGGAAUUCUGCUCAAGGGACAGUUCACUAAAUCCUAGCCGCACGGGAGAACCACAAGGGUGUAGUGGAGGCCCAAUAAUAAUAAUAAUAAUAAUAAUAAUAAUAAUAAUAAUAAUAAUAAUAAUAAUAAUAAUAAUAAUAAUGUGAAUAAAAUGCCCUGAAACCUCCCAACAAAGCUUUAUCACCAUUUAAAGCUUUUAGUAUUUUUGUUUGUGUUCAUGUGCAAGUUUUUUUUUCUUGUACAGUUUUGUUAACAUUUUGCUAACAGUAUUUUUUUGUGUGCUGGUGGAAUAUUUUCAGAUUCAGUAUUAUUUGUUGGCAUUUUGUAUAUACAUUGCACUAAAGUUCAUGAUGUAGUAAAGGAUGGAUGGAUGUUGAUGAGAACCUGCUUUUUAUUUAAACUCCAAAACACUGUAUAGUGUGUUGCCAGAUACACAGUCGGGUAUAUUACGUUCAUAAUCAAAGUUUAAUUCAAGAUUAAACUCACAGAUUCUUUGUAAAGAAAGCAUGUUUUACUUUAUUUUAAGGCAUCUUAGAGUGAAAUAUACAAAUGUGUUGUCCUUCUUUUGUGUAUCUAAACAUUUGACUAUAUUUCUGUCACUCAAAGUAGUCCUCUCUACACUGUUCUACACAGAAUGAAACAAAAUUAGUUACCAUAACAAGAAGUAGUUAGUGAUUUAGUCAUAGUACACUGGAAAUACGUUCAUUUGUUUAAUUCUUCUUUUUUUUGCACUGUGAUGUUUUUUUUUUUUGUUUUUUUUUUAAGUAUGUGAAUAAAAAACCUGCAGUUUUGUGUAAGUCA